AACCGACGAUUUAAAUCAUUCGAGUAUUUUAUUUAGACCAUUUACAUUAUUCAUAAUGGCCCGGUGGAUUGUUGAUGCGUAGUAGAAUAUUUGCUUCAUCUAGUUUCGUCAUAUCCCAUCAAUAAUUCACAUGGCCCAUUUGCAAUGGUCCUUCACUCAUUCUCGCUUAAUUCUCAAUAGAAGUUACAGCAGUGCUGCACCCAGUACAAAAUUAUUCAUCGACGGACAAUUUGUUGAAUCCAAGACUACCAAUUGGAUUGAGCUAACAAACCCUGCAACUAAUGAAGUUAUAGGCAGGGUACCGGAAACAACUAAAGAAGAAUUGAACACAGCACUUGAGGCAGCUAAGAAGGCAUACAAGUCAUGGAGUCAAAGCACUGUUAUGACUCGCCAGCAACUUAUGUUCAAGUUUGCAAGAUUACUGCGGGAGAAUCAAAGCAAAUUGGCAGCAAAGAUCACGGAAGAGCAAGGAAAGACGAUAGCUGAUGCUGAAGGAGAUGUCCUCAGAGGCAUUCAAUUGGUGGAGCACUGUUGCAGUAUAACAUCGCUGCAGCUCGGAGCCUGCAUACAGAAUAUUGCUAAAGACAUGGACACUCACAGUUAUAAGGUGCCGCUAGGAGUUGUUGGAGGUGUUGCCGCAUUCAACUUCCCGGUGAUGAUUCCGCUGUGGAUGUUCCCUCCUGCGCUGGUGACAGGCAACACUUGCCUGUUGAAGCCCUCCGAGCAGGACCCUGGUGCAACCCUCAUGAUGAUGGAGCUGCUGCAGGAGGCUGGUGCACCGCCAGGAGUUGUUAAUGUUAUCCACGGCACCCAUGACCCGGUAAACUUCAUCUGUGACCACCCUGACAUCAAGGCUGUCUCCUUUGUGGGUGGAGACGGAGCUGGCAAACAUAUCUACACCAGAGCCUCCGCUGCUGGUAAGCGUGUGCAGAGCAACAUGGGCGCUAAGAACCACGGCGUCAUUCUGCCGGACGCCAACAAGGAGCACACGCUCAACCAGCUGGCGGGCGCCGCCUUCGGCGCAGCGGGACAGCGCUGUAUGGCGCUCAGCACCGCCGUCUUUGUCGGUGAAGCUAAGGAAUGGAUACCAGAUCUGGUGAACCGUGCCCAGGGUCUGAAGGUGAACGCAGGCCACGUGCCCGGCACUGACGUAGGACCUGUCAUCUCCGCUAAGGCUAAGGAACGCAUCAAUAGACUCGUCGAAUCAGGAGUCAAAGAUGGCGCUAAACUUGUUCUCGAUGGUCGCGGUGUUAAAGUUUCGGGCUUCGAAAAGGGCAACUUUGUAGGACCUACCAUCCUUACUGACGUCAAACCUAACAUGGAAUGCUAUAAAGAAGAAAUAUUCGGCCCUGUAUUAAUUUGUUUGUUUGUCGAUACUUUAGAUGAGGCAAUACAAAUGAUUAACUCAAACCCAUACGGUAAUGGUACAGCUAUCUUUACAACCAAUGGUGCAGCAGCUAGGAAAUUCUCUGCGGAAAUCGAUGUAGGCCAAGUUGGAGUUAACGUACCAAUUCCCGUACCGCUUUCGAUGUUCUCCUUUACUGGUACAAGAGGCAGUUUUCUCGGUACGAACCACUUUUGUGGAAAACAAGGUAUUGAUUUCUAUACAGAAUUGAAGACAGUCGUUUCCUUCUGGAGGCAAAGUGACGUGUCUCAUACAAAAGCGGCUGUUUCUAUGCCAACACAACAGUAAAGCUUUUAACAAAAAUCUGGCAAUUUCUAAGUCUUUUUGAGCUGUGUUUAAAAUAUUUAAAGGGGAUCGAAAUGUCUUAUCAAACUAAUUGUAAGGAUAAAUGUUUUAUAGCAUUUAUUUAUGAACAAAACAUUCUUAUGUCUUCCAUUGUGUGAUUCGUGUUUAGCAUCUGUUGUUAUUUAUAUUUAUAUUUCAAAGUGUCAUAUUUUAAUAAAAACAUAAUUUAUUUUUA